CGGUCUGAAGGAGUUUGGAGUCAAAUUCCUGAACACGUAGGAGCUCCAACGCGACGCAUGACGCAAGGGCGCAGCGACUAACGGAUUACUGAUCAACUGAUCGAUGUGUCGACUAACAGACGGAUUUUCCUGGGCUAUGUACUUCUGCCACUGCACACCACCGCUGGAUGUGUUUUCCAUACUUUCCCCACAAGGAACAGCACGACGUGAAGUCUUUCUCCAGACCGUCAGUUCAGGCGCAGCGGGACCCACUUGUUUCCAACAGGGGGAGAAAUGUAAGAAUCUGAUGUACCAUAAAUGUUUGUGUCAAGAGAUUUUCAUCAGGGACAAAACAGCGCGCUGGGAAGCAGUUUUCACCCGUCACUCACUGUGUGCAGGGAAAAUAUAGCAGCCCGGGUUCACUUUUCCAUAACGGAAAUGAGAUCAGUCCCUUUGCUUGGCUUCACUUCUUCUAAAACAUGGUCGAUGUAACUCUAUGCAGGCUUGUGCCACCGGGGUCUGACUUUCUUUGACUUUUCAACACAAACAGCCUUUUUUAAUGGAAAAAUGUUCGCUGGACUGAUGGGACUGGAAUGCCACGGCAACUCUCUGCUUCACUGCCGCGAAACCAUUCAAGGUGGCAGAGCAUCAGGGACAGCUGGCAGCUCCAGCCGUAAGAGGCUCCACCGAAGACCAGGGUACAUGAGAGGAGAGCAGUGCAGACUGCAGAGCGCCACUCAGGAAGAGGAGGAGGACGUCGGGACAACCACUUUUAUUACCAAUGGAAAAUCAGGACGUGACGCUGACAUAGCUGAUGCAACUAAUGAUCAAAGGCCAAGUCCAGCUCCUGCAGACAGUGUGUCUUUAAUAAAUCAUCAACAGCCUGAUAAACACACGUGUAGCUCCUGGAAGACUCAGAGCUUUGUCUGCUCUGUUACCCACCCUCCUUCCCCUGUGGACUGCAAUUCUAAGAGUACAUCCAGCCAUCUGGGCCAGUCCUCACUGCCCAACAAUGAACUCAGGUUAAGUUCGAGCCUGGACACUCGUUCAGAGCCAGAGGACUCUUUUAACUCCAGCUUCAGUUUCAUCCAACAGUCUCUUACCUCCAGCCAGAAAACAACCACCACACCCACACAAGAGCAAGAAUUAAGUUCAUCAACAAAAGCAUCUGACCUGCCUCAAACAAAACCCGAAACCUUACCUGUCGAGCACAAUUUCUCUAAGCAGUCGUCUCCUGCUCAAACACUACCUGGAGGAAAGUUUUGGCGAGAAUGCCUGUUUGCCACCCACGUAGAAAGAUCCCACGUGCCUGACUGUGAGGCUCAGUCUAUUGAUAUAGAGGCCACCUCCUCACUCUCCCUGGACUCGGACAGUACCUCUGCCUCCUCUGUCACCUCAGGCUACGAGAGCGCUACACCUGCCUUGGAGCAAGGCUGGGAUAACCUGCUGAAGAAGUACGAGGGCGUGCUGCAAGACUGCCUCCAAAACAACCGCACUCACACCAAGAUUGAAUCCAUGAUGUUGAAGCUGCAGAGGCUCCAGCAGAAAGCAAUUCUGGACGACGAUUAUGACGCAGCUGAGCGCUUUGGGAAAAAGUUAGAGGAGCUGUCUAAAGAACGAAGCACUCUGAAGCUGGGUUUACCCUCCCAACAGCCCAGCGUGGCGUUGCUCCUGGAGAGGCUCCGACAGGCGGUGGACAGCGCCCUCCAGAGGGCAGACUGCAGUCAGUACAGGGAGUGUGCAGAGCCUGUUGCAGGGGAGCAAUCCGACUCAUCACAGGGUCCACUGCAACGAAGAGAACGUCUGAUACGAGAGAGACGGCUUGUCGAGGAGGAGAUCGCAGAGCUGCAGCAGAGACUGGUGGAGCUGAAGGACCGUAGCCGGUGUCUGGAGCAGCAGAUCCAGCAGGAAGAGCAACAGGUGGAGGCUGAGGAGCUGGAGGCCUCCGUGCUGAGGAGCUGCAGCACGGCUCAGCUUCGCGACAUGAGCCGAACCCUCCAGGACCUCGUCGCUUCUGAAAAUCGCACACAAAUCUCAGUCUCUCGUCCUCCCUCCAUGCUCAGACUCCAGGAGCAGGAGCAGGCAUUAAAUCUGUCCAUUAAGGAAGCCACUGCUAAGGUGGUCAUGAGUCAGAGACUGGGCAGCAGCCUAAGGAGGAAAGUCAGUGAGACUGAAACACAGCUUUUGGCACUACAUGAAGCCAAACUGGCAGCCAUCUCAGGUAAUGACUUCAGCAGUGCUAAGGAACUGAAAGCAGAAAUGAAGGCGGUGUACCUGGAGCGGGACCGACUUGAGGCUCUGGCCAAGAGGCUGCACAGCCUCAGCUCAGGGAGCAGCCAGGAGCUCGCCAGGAUGAAGGAGCAGCGGCAGCAACUCAGACAGGAGCUGGAGCAGAGGGAGGCCCAGCAUGAAAGCCGCCUGAAAGAGAACACCAGCAAGUAUAUUGAACUACUGGAGGACCGAUUGCACAGUUAUGGGUCUCCCAGCUUGGAGCGAAUCUGGGAAGCCGACCUGGAAGCGUGUCACCUUUUCCUGCGAGGUCUCCAGUUGCGGACUCCCAGCUGCAGUGGAGCAGACAUCGAAGACUUCCCCACUGCAACAGUUUAUCCUCCAUCCCAGCCAGGCACCAAAGAGGAAGAGGACUGUGCCAUGCUGACUGCUUUAGGAGGGCGAUGGUGUCCUGAGGCCAACUUACAGAACUCAGAGUUCACUAAG